UAGACCACGUUUAAAACGGGUAUUGGAUCAACUAAGUUUAAGUUUAUAUAGAUCAGAAGCUAACUUGUGAAGGUCAAAAAUAAGUGUGUGGUGUAGUUUCUGUGUAUGAUAAGAAUAUUAUGGCGGAAGAAGAAGGUGAUACGAAGUUUGUAAGCAAACUCGACGAUGCGAGUAAACAGAAAUGUCGAGACGAGUUGAACGAGCGCAACCCUGCCGACACGUUGAUUGCUGUCCAGACACUGCGACAAUGGGUUAAAGAACAAGACUGGCUGAGAACCCCGACAGAUUUCGAGUUCCUGUUGCGGUUCCUUCGAUUCAGAAAGUUUAGCUAGUUAGAGGCACGAAAAGCCCUGGAGAAAUAUUGGACAGUUCGUUCUACUAGACCCGAGUGGUUCAAAGAUGUGGAUCCUGAAGACCCACUUCUACAGAAAUGUAUGAUGCAAGGAGUAACGACGUUUUCGCCAGUACGAGAUAAACACGGCAGACGUCUCCUGAUUUUUCAGAUUGGAAAAAUGGAUAUAAAAUUGAUAAAGGACAUCGGAUUAGACAUAUUCUACAAGAUGUCAUGUCUAUUCUACGAUUGGUUGACUCUGGAUGAAAAUGUUCAAGCAAACGGCGUGGUAUUUAUCGCCGAUUACACCGGCAUGACACUGCAGACCUUUAACCUGAUUGCGGACAGGUCUAGACAACAUGACUUCAUGAGUUAUUUCCAGCACGCAUUACCGGUUCGCACCAAGUCGAUGAAUGCUUACAACGAGCCGGCGUUCUUUGAUGUUGUGUAUGCCUUCUUCUCGCCAUUCCUCUCAAAGAAACUGAAAGAGAGGUUUCAUAUACGCGGUCGAAGUUUAGUGAAAAUAUACGAGGAGGUCGGAUACGAGGGUCUACCUGAGGAAUACUUGCCAGACGAUUACGAGGGACCAAAGGCUGGAACGAUGAAACAAAUGCAGGAUGAGAUGCGGCGUCAGGUAGCUACACCAGAAUUCCGCAGGUAUGUUCGCGAGCUGUCCAGUGGUAAAUAUGGCGUCGACAAGAAUCGUAUACCAGCUAAAUCAGAAGCGGAGGGCUCGUACAGGAAGCUGAAUGUGGACUAGAACAGAGUGCGAUGUGUAAUAUCUGAAUCUCAGAGAUGUUGUAGUUGACUUUAUAGACAUAUGUGUGUUUAUGUGUUCAAUUGAUUAUACACGGGGAAAUAAAUUCUUUAAUCAAA